AUGACAAGCCGUGGCACGGUAUCUCAGUUCUCCUCCCAGCUGCUCCCUCGCGGGUGUAGCCUCCUUUCUCAGAUGUCUAGAUCUAAGCUAAAGCAACAGGGCGCUGACGCCCAAGAUGGGCUUCACUCAAGUGACGGGCCCAGCCGGGAUGACCGGGGGCCAGAGGCCGGGGGCCCCAGCUGUGUCCAGCGGGUGGCUUCCUGGGUCCUCCUCUGUUCUUGCCAGGACCUCUGCUUCCUAGUGAGGCCCUCCCACGUGGCCCCCGGGAGCCGGGGAGCCAGGCUUCUCGGGGAACAGCCCGGGGCUCUGCAAGCGCAGGAGCAGAAGCCACCGGCUGGCUUCAGGCUGAACUCAGAAACGCACAGCAUCCCUCCGGCUACGGUCUGCUGCGUGAAGCGGUCACGGCAGAGGCUGAGAGGAGGAGGGCGUGGGCAGGGCCUGGAUCGAGUCCAGGGAGGGGAGGUUCCCUGGGAGCUGUCACAGGAACCGACAGCCACGGCAAAGAGCAGGGCAGCCGUCAGCCGUGGUCCUCACCUGUCGCCGGCUUGGCCCGCCCUGGCAGGAUGCCCGCUUCCUCCGCCCGGGCGUCACCCGUCCUCCCCGGGGCCCCUGGGAGCCAGGUGGUGA